GCACUGGUGGGUGGCACUGGUGGGCAGCACUGGUGGGUGGGCACAGGUGGGUGGGCACAGGUGGGUGGCACUGGUGGGCACAGGUGGGUGGGCACAGGUGGGUGGCACUUCUGGGCACAGGUAGGUGGCACUUCUGGGCACAGGUGUGUGACACUGCAGAGUGGCACAGGUGGGUGCACUGCUGGGCACAGGUGGGUGCACUGCUGGGCACAGGUGGGUGAUCUGCUGGGCACAGGUGGGGGUUCUGAGCUAGUGGGCGCACUGCUGGGCACAGGUGGGCGGAACUUGCGGGGUGGCACUGCUGGGGCACCGAUCUGUGACAACUGC